UGCAGCUUCGCAAAGUCGUUUUGGCAUGGGACAAAGUGCCGAUUUUGUGGGCAAGAUGGUUAACGAUGAACGUUUCCAUCGUGGCCUGUUUAUAUUAGACUUAUAUAAUGUAUAUACGAUUGUAUACAGAAUCACGCAUAUAUUCAAAACAGAGACUUAAUUUCGCCAAGCUGUCGAUUAGUUUCAUUCUAUACGGUGAAACGAAGAGCAAGUAUUAACGGCUUAGCUCCUCUGAAUUAGUGUAUUAUUGUCUAUUUUUGUUUGUUUAUUUAAGCAGCAAUUGUCAAAGCGCACAAGUUUUUUCUUCCAUUUUUUUUAAAUUUCGCUAUGGACAAGCAAAAACCAAUGUCAGCGCAAGGACCAAACAGAGACCGUCACAAAUUUGUCUACAAUCUGAAUAACCAAUAUCCAAAUCUGAAGAUGAAGGGCUCGAAGGAAGAACGUGAUGAGCUUUUGGCUCUAAAAGGCGAACUGGAUCGCUGGGUCCUCUGGCUACGAACCUUAGACUACUGGCGAUUUCCGGGCAAGUUUCAAGAAAUCGACGCGACGAAUUCCUUGAUCAAGUAUUGGACCGACAAAAUCGACGGUAGAAAGCUCAAAGAUAAGUACGAAUUCGGAGUCACUAAGAACAAUCGUAAAUCGAACAGUGAACCUUCUCGCAUUGGACCACCCGAUCGGGAAACAUUCGAGAACGUUGUCAGGAUGAUCGAGCAGCUAAGGACGAUCUGGAGUGUUGUGAAGAUAAAAUACGCCGAAGCAGUUGCCAAUUCGUCGCAGAGUAUGGACGAGAGGAUUUUGCGCUGCGACGGCAUAUUCAACUUUCAUUAACUGCCUGGCGACAAGUGCGGCUUGUAAUCACUGGCUGCUACUUUUAAAUCGAUUUUAUACUGGUAAUCGUUCCCACAUGCGCGCGAAAAACCGUUUGUAAACGUAUUGAUUUCGAUUCGAAAUUUUUAAUAUAAGUAUAGCGUAUGAAUUUUUUAAAAUAAGUUGAUCGAUGACAUUCAUUUUAUUGGAAUAAAAGAUAAUUUUAACAACUU